GAGCGGGCGGGCAGGCGAGUGUGAGGCCAGAUUGCGCCGGCCGCCCGCCCGCCCGCCACGCGGCGUUUCCCCGCUGCGGCGGACGGGGCGCGCGGUGACGCGAGCGCGGCCGGCAUGGAGGGCUUCUCGGCGCGGACCUACGGCACGAGCGCGCCGGACCACAGGCCGCUGUUCGGGGAAACGUCGGCGCGGGACCGAAUCGUCAAUCUGGUUGUUGGCAGCUUCACAUGCUUAUUGAUUCUAGUAACGCUGAUCAGUGCUUUUGUGUUCCCUCACCUACCUCCCAAACCACUGAAUAUUUUUUUUGCUGUCUGCAUCUCUCUGAGCAGUGCUACAGCCUGCAUACUUAUCUACUGGUAUCGACAAGGAGACUUAGAACCGAAAUUUAGAAGUCUAAUUUACUAUAUCUUAUUUUCAAUCACCAUGCUGUGUAUAUGUGCAAACCUGUACUUCCACGACGUGGGAAGGUGAGGCUGUCAAGAAGAGACCCUGACCAGGGCACUUGAGAACUACCUGUGAGGGCAGGAGACUGCUGGGCCAGAUACACGGACCAAUCUGCCAGAGAAGGCCAACACGAGACUUCCUGUGAACUACAAAUCUGAGCUCCCUCUUGCCAGGGAAACACAUCACAGAUCUCUUAGCUUUUUCUUUAAAAAGCCAAUGUUGCACUUAAUCAUUCCAACCCUUAAAGCCAACUGAAACAGCACAAGUAACUUUCACAUUUGAAAUUAAAUUUUUUUACAAUUUAGUUGCAUGGUAAAGACUCAGAAUCUUGCAUUUUAAGACAAAUAGUCCUUUAUUUCUGUUAAACUGAAUAUACAAUAAUUGUUCCCUAGGCAACCAACUUGCUUUUAACUACAAUUUCACAUUAACAAAACAGACGGUGAAAAGACAACUUUGAUUGUGAAGAUCUAAUUACAGUAAUAAAUAAAAUAAUUUAUACAAGUUUUUGUGACUUUUCUAUAGGAGUCAUAUUCAUUUAAGCCCUAAGAGGCUAGUUUUGGCUUAACCCUUCUCUAGAAUAGGAAUGACUCUUGAUUGCUUUUGUUACAGAAGCAAAUUCUGUUUUUUAGAACUGCCCAAGAGGAGAAGUUAUAUUCACUCAGCAAAUGCACUGAGUGAAUGGGAAACUCUCAACCCCUUUAUCCAUGUUCUAGGCAAUUUAUACAGCAAAUGUGUCAGAAAGGUUCCUGGCAUCAGGGACAGGCAACGUUACUGCUCUCUUCGUUUGGUUCAGUGUUCCUUCAGUGCAUGUGCUGCCGAAGCAAGCACAGCUAAUGUUACUUCAAAGUGCUAAGUCUGUAAACUAAAGGGGCAAAGAUGCUCAGCUGCUGGUAGGUUGUUACUCCUCGGGCCCACAUGCUCAGUGGAAGCCUUAAGGCCUGGAGCGAGUUCCCAGAGCUUUACAGUGCACUCCUCUUCACGCUGCCGCAUCAGUGUCCCCUGCCAACAGUGGGUUAACCAGAAGUAACCACCAGUCUCCUCCUAGGUCUCACUGUAUACUGGUCAAGUAAUCUUUCUGAAGGUCAAGGAUAAGCUCUAGGCUGUGCUGAUAGGAUGUCCCUAAAAUGUACCCCGGCCUGCUCCAGAUGGAGAAUGCCGUGUCUGAUCUGUAGAGAUAAAGUUAGCUUUGGUGACACGGAGAACUUGCCAGGAGCUGUGGAGAAUGAGAUUCCCUUCUGCAAGUAGCACAAACCAUGGGAUCCAUACUCCACUUGGUCACACAGGUCGUACAUAGAACCUCACUCGGUGGACACAACAGAGGUAAAAGUCGUAGCAGCAAAAGGGUACACAGCUAAGCACAGCAGCUGAUCAGAAGCCAGCAAAUGACAGUGAGCCUCCUGGGGGCUGCUCCUUCUUUGGAGACGCUGUAAUGAA